UAGCGCUAAAUGGUAUAUGAAAGCGUUUUCCAACACUCGAAAAGUGCAUAGCAAACAACAACAAAGCGCUGACAUUGAAAAAAAGCGAUAAUUUAACAAUAAUUGGGUGCAUUUUAAAGCGAGAGAGUGAAACUAGAGCGAGUGAGCAAUAGAGUGAAUGGGGAAAAAUCAAUUUUCCGCUAACAAUGGAGCAGCGUGCGAAUUUCCUGGCACUCACCCUGCUGGACGCCCUGGAAGAUGAGAACGAGGCGGACAUCUUGUCGAUGCUCGAGCGGAAUGUGAUAAAUGCUGGAAUUGUGCCCUGCGACCGUGGCCUGGCACCGCUGCACUAUGUGUGCGGCAUGCGGAACGAGGAGCUGGCACGCCGCAUACUCGAAAAGUUUCUGGAGUGUCCCGACUUGGAUAUGAAUGCAUUGAGCGAUGGACAGACAACGGCCCUGCAUAUUGCCAGCAUCUAUGGGCGCGUCGACUUAGUGAGAAUGCUGCUGCAGCGUGGGGCACGCGCCGAUCUGCCGGAUGAUGAGAACCGGCUGGCCGUGCACUAUGCCAUCGAAGAGUGCCACUUUGAGGUGCUGCAGCUGCUGCGGGACCACAUCUUUCGCGAGAAGCUGAAACAGAAGCAGAACCAGAGGCUGCAGGUGCCACAGCAUCAGGCGGUGGAGGCCAGCACCACGCCCAAGCAAACGCUUAAGUACAACUAUGAUGUGACGUCGCCUUAUUACAUUAACAUCACCCACAGGCGCCACAAGCCGCAGCCCAAGUUUCCAGACAUUGCGGAUGCACCCGCCACGCUGCCGGACGAGGAGGAGUCCGUGAAUCUCUUUGCCCUCACGGAGGCUCAUCUCACGCAGCUGCUGCAAAGCCAAUACCAGGAGGAUCCAGAUCAUCCGAAGCGACGCUCCAUCAUUGAGAGUUGGCGCGAGAAGGUCGAACGCUCGAGGGCGCGUCAGUCGCUGAUGCACAAGUACGACAAGCAUGUGGAGGCCAUAGUUGAGGAGGCACUAGCCCAAGACGACUUCAACUACGAGCGGCACAUGCAGAAGAAGCUGCGCGAGGAGGAUAGCCUCGAAAUGGAAAUGGAGAUGCAGCAGCAGCAGAUCGAAUAUGCAGCCGCGCCCAAUCGACAGGUCUUCCAGCAGCUGGUGGAGCAGGUAUCGCAGGCACAGGUCAUAGAACCCGAGCCGGACAACAGUUUUGUCACCGCCCAGGAGGAAGAGCAGCUGGCGGGCAGCUCGCCACGACCCACGGAUGAAUACUUUCUGCAGAUCAAAGAGGCCUAUGUCCACACGGAUGACGAGAAUGGAUUGGUCUUCUACGAGGCAAAGUUCCUGCAGAAUGAUGAAAAGCAAAUGCCAGCCAAGAGAUUUGUGGAGCGAGUUCCUACGCAGGAGCAGCAGCAACAGCUGGACAGUACAGUCAGCACGAAUCUGACGCUGCCACUGGACUACGAAACAGAUGCCCUGCGACGAGAGCUCACCCAAUUGGGUGCCCCAGUGGGUCCCAUAACCAAGACCACAAAACGGUUGUACAUCAAACAGUUGAUCAAAUAUAGACGGAACACGGAUGCCCUGCUGGCUGCCCAGAAGCAUGCCCAAGCGUCUCAGAUCAGGUAUUCGGUGGAGCUGCACAGGACACUCCGUUCGCGGGAGGAUUUCGAGCGCAUUCGAGAAUUUAUGCCGCAGGAGGCGGCCUCAUCGGAGCACUUUGCCACGGCCCCGGUUGUGAAGAGAACGCUGCGCGAGGGUCAUCUCAAGCAGAGCUUCAUCUACAUGCUGAUUGAUCCGCGCAUCUCCCGCAAUCUACCCGGAGAGAGCACCUUUCUGGACAAGUUCAGCAUCUGGCAGCGAUUCCUCGACUCGAUCUUCUACGUGGGCAAGGGGAAAUCGUCGCGGCCCUAUGCCCAUCUGUACGAUGCCAUGCGCCAGCACACGCGGCUCAAUCAGAAGCGCGAGAAUGGUAGGGAGCGCACAGAGAAGGCGGAAAGAAGGGGCGGAUUUCGCACACUGCAGCCGGAUGUGUUCAAGUCGCCGCCAGCGGGUGAUGCCAAACUGGGCAGCAAGAAGCUCGAGCGGAUACUGGAGAUUUGGCAGAACGAAAGUGGUGUCGUAUGCCUACAUGUGUUCCACAACAUAAUGCCCAUUGAUGCGUACACGAGAGAGGCGUCCAUUAUCGAUGCCAUGGGCCUGGUGCACCUGACAAAUCUGAAGCGUGGCGAUUACUAUGGACCCGCACAGUCGUGGACCAUGAAACAGCGAAAACAUUUGGGCAUUGCCCUGCUCUACAAGGCGAUGCACAUCUAUCUGGCCGAGGGCGAGUCCCAGUUGUCGCCCAGCGACUUGAUUUGAUUCGAUUAGGACUAGCUACUAAGCUGAGUAGUUGGCAAUAGGAGGUACUAAGUACGUACAAAGUGCAAAAUGUGCAGGUAAACAUGUUCAAAAGAUGGAUCUCAUGUUAUUAGAUUCAAAUUAAACUAAGUAGCUGUUAAAUAAGCAAUAAAGUAAAGAAAUUGGGUCAUA